AUGUCCGCAACAAAUACACUCAACCCAACCGAGCGUCCUGCUUAUCCCGAUGGUGUCGCAUUGAAGUUCUCACUUGAGGGCGAUAUUCGGAGAUAUCCAGGGAAUACUACUGUUUGCCACCUCCCAACCGACUGUUCUCUUCAGCCUGGCCUUCGCACCUUGUAUGAAAACCUCAAGUCCCACACAUCCAUCGGUAAAGGCAUCCGCCUCGUGCCACAGGAGUCAUGGCAUAUGACGCUCCUAGACUGCUAUAGAGAGAUUGAGUGCGAUAAUGAUGGCUGGCCCGAAGGAAUGACCAAAAAGUCUAUCCCUGAGUACACGGCGGAGCUUUCAAGAACCCUACGAAAACUUGGACCUGAACUUGAGAGAGAAGGAUUAGCACCGCCUUAUCGCAUGCGUGCCACUGGUUUCAAUUCUGGCCAAAUUGCACUGGGACUCCGUGUUGAGGGCGCGACGCCAGAAGAGGAGCGUCGUAUGCGCAGGUUGAGAGAUAGGCUUGCCGACGCUGUUGGUUUCCGGGCGCCGAACCAUGAAUACUACGGAUUCCACGUCACUAUUGCAUACUUUCUCUGCUGGGUGGAGGGAGAAUUCAAAGGAGAGCUAGACAAGGUCUUGGAGGAACAAAGACCAGCUAUAUCAUUGGAGUUUGAGCUUGGCUCGGUAGAAUUCUGCACAUUUGAAGAUAUGUGUGCCUAUCCCAGAGAAUUUUAUCUCACAGGCCAAAAAUCAUGA